UCAUUAAAGUCUUGUUGGCCAUGGGAGUUGAACUUAAACAACAUACAAAAAAGUUACAGAGAAUCUCCAUUCAACACUCAAAAGAAAGACUGUACUGAUGUACAAUACAUGUAGCAGUAGCUAUAUCAGUUACUACAGUGAGUUAACUCAAUGAUAAUGGGUGGUUGAGGGAAAAAAAAGAAAGAAAAAAGAAACAAUAUUCUAUUAGUAGUGUGUACACAGAGAGAGAGAUGAAAAGGGGAGAAAAAAGUGGACAAGAGCCAGCAGAAAAGCAAGAAAACUUAGGGGAAAAGUUGAAGAAAAUAGGGAAAAGAGGGGGACAUACAACACCAGUAAUACCCUUUUUGAGGCUCCAAAAACAGUAUAAUCAUCAUCAUCAUCAUAAUAGUGGUGUUGUUCAAGAAAGUGAUAUUAGAGAAACCCCUUUACAGAAUUCUUCUAUUUCUGCUAGAAAACUUGCUGCUAUUGUUUGGGAACUUCAUCAAUACAAGAUACCUUUGUCUAAAAUGCACCAUAGUAGUGGUCAUGUUAAUAGUAAUAAUGUUGUUCCUUCAAGAAUGCGCCGUGUUCAACCCUAUCGCCACCAUAGACAUCAUCUUUAUGAGGAUAGUAGGGUUCUUGAACAUCCUGAUCCUUCACCAAGUUCACCUGACCUGCCAGGAAGUGCGGGCAGUUUGAGGAGGCAUGUUGCUGCAUCAUUGAUGCAACACCAUCGAGCAAUUGAAAGGACUAACCAUGCCAUACAACCUGUAUCUCCUGCAAGCUAUGGCAGUUCAAUGGAGAUUGCACCUUACAACCCUGCAGUUACGCCGUCUAGUUCUGUAGACUUGAAAGGGAGAAUUGGAGAGACGAGCUACAGCCUCAAAACAUCUACGGAGCUACUAAAAGUACUGAACCGAAUCUGGGGCCUGGAAGAGCAGCAUGCAUCCAACAUGUCACUCGUGAAAGCAUUAAAGAAAGAACUAGAUCAUGCUCGUGUGCGGAUCAAGGAGUUGGUGCGAGAUCAGCAAGUGGAUAGACAUGAAAUAGAUGAACUGAUGAAGCAGAUAACGGAGGAUAAAGCAGUAAGAAAAAGUAAGGAGCAAGAUCGAAUUAGUGCUGCUAUUCAGUCUGUAAGAGACGAACUGGAAGACGAGAGAAAGCUAAGGAAACGCUCGGAGAGCUUGCAUCGGAGAUUAGCUAGGGAGCUGUACGAGGUGAAAACGUCUCUUGCUAAUACUUUGAAAGAGCGGGACAAAGAGAAAAAAUCUCGACUGCUUCUGGAAGACCUUUGUGAUGAGUUUGCUUGGGGAAUAAGACAUUAUGAACAGGAGUUGCGUUCUGUAAGACAGAAAUCGGACAAGGAUUGGACAGAAAGGACCAAUAGCAAUCAACUAAUUCUGCACAUUUCUGAAGCAUGGAUUGAUGAGCGGAUGCAGACAAAAAUGGAACCGGAACCUCAGUAUGGUCAAGGUGGUAAAAGCCCAAUCAUAGAAAAGUUCAGGUCCGAAAUAGAGACGUUCCUUAAAACUAAACAAACCGGUAUCAGGAAUAAUGUUAACUCAGUGGACCCCGCCUACCGACGAGGUUCUCUGGAUUCCAUCCCUCUUAAUGCGGCUGGCAGUGCUCCACAAGAUGAGGGGGAUGAAGAAGAUUCCAUCAGCAGCGAUUCACAUUGUUUCGAGUUGCAAAAACCGAGUGCUGCUGACUUGAGAUCCCACGAGAUCGGUGUCAUGGAAAAGAGUGCUGAAGAAACAAUGAGGCAAAAUUACAUUUUAAGGAAACCUCCAUUACAUGAAAGGUCCAAGGGUAGCAGCGUGCCCAACUUGCAGGUGAAGUUUGAAGAACAGAUGGCCCAAGCUGCAUUACCGAGUGAAGAAACAAGUGAAAAGAACCAAGUUGAAAUUAGCACUUCGAACAAGUUCGAAAUAUGUGAAGUAACAGAAGAAGGUAGUUUCGGGAAAAAGAACAAAGCUGAUGGAACUCCUGGAGUUAACUCGAAUUAUAUGAUUGAUGAAUUAAUUAGAAGCCACUAUUUAUCGUCAGAAAGCGGAAACAUGCCACCUGAACAUGAUUAUGAGUUAGCAUCUUAUGGUAGGGCUCGGGCGAGUCCGGUCAGGCAAUGGACGGAGAAGCUUCCCUCACAUGAGAACGUAUCUGAGUCAUCAACUAAACUGCCACCAGAUUUAAAAGAGAACACUUUGAAGGCCAAGCUAAUGGAAGCAAGAACAAGGGGUCAACGUUCACGAUCACGAUUGAAAGGCACCAAGAUUUCCUUCUAGUUCUAUGUUCGAAUGCUUUGGUAGCUUCAAACAUUAUGUUGCAUGUCACGAGGGUCGGUGCUAUGUUAAUAUUUUAAUUCGUUCUAAAUAGCCACGAGAUGACAUGGACCACAAGUCAACAACAUAAAACGAGAUGAAUCAAGAUAUUGAUUUCCGAGUCCCAACGAAUCCUUUUGUAAUGAUGAGAUGGCAAGUUUACCACAAAAAAGAUCUGUCAGCAUUAUGUUCGAGUGCCUCAGCGGAGAUUUGGGUGUUCUGUUUGGAUGACAGAAUCUUGGACGUGGUUAUUAAAGAAUCUUGUUACAUUAGCUGCACAUCAUGUACAUUUAUGAAAAGGUACCACAUUUCCUUCAGUGUGUACAUGGGCCUUUGAUCAUAUGUUGAAUGCUUUUGGUCUAGGCAAUCUUUUGACUAGUUAGGAUGAUUUUUGUGAACUUUAUGUUUCAUUCAGCUUUGAGUACAUUAAUGGUGGCUAUACACUGGUACAGUUACACGAGAAGCUUGCUUUUAAAUUACAUAGGAUUCUUGUUCCAAGGUCCCCAUAUACUAUU